GCGCUACUUCACCGAGCGCACAGUGAUGCAAGUCGAUUAUAAAAAAGCCAAUAUUUAUAUUCACUUUUGAAAAGACAUCAACAACAACAGCAACAACAACAACAGUAGCCGCAACCAUGUCGAUUCAAGACCUUGAAUUGAGUGGCAUAAUAGCCUUCGACGGGUUGACGAAAAAUGGCUUGAAGCUGCACCCCGACCAAAGGCACUUGGUCUACCCGAUGGGCAACAAAGUGAGCGUGAAAAACAUCAGCAGCGGCCAGCAGACGUUCCUCUCGGGCCACACGAACCUCAUCUCGGCCAUGUGCAUCUCUCCGUGCGGGCGUUACAUCGCCUCGGGCCAGAUCAAUCACUCGGGCUUCAAGGCCAUGGUCAUCCUGUGGGACUACGAGGCGAAGAAGCUCAGGAGCAGCUACGAGAUCCACAAGGUCCGGGUGGAGGACCUGUGCUUCUCCGCCCAGAGCAACUAUCUGAUGAGCCUCGGGGGCCGCGACGACGGCAACGUCAUCAUCUACGACGUGGCGAGGAGUCAGCCGCUGUGCGGCACGUUCGCCAGCACGGAGAUCGCCGGCAACGCGUACACGAUCACGCGGGCGAAUCUGCGCGACCGGUGCUUCGUCACCGGGGGCGACGGCACCCUCAAGGUCUGGCGCAUCGAUCCGGAGGCGCGCAAGGUCCUCUGCACGGACGUGAAGAUGGGCAAGCUGCGGCGCUGCAUCAACUGCCUGGCCAUAGACCAGCGCGACGAGGAGGUCUACUGCGGCACGACGUCGGGCGACGUGAUCCGAGCCAAGCUCAACUUCCAUCACAACGUCGAGCACGCGGAGCCGGUCCAGCCGCCGGUCAUGAUUGGCUGCUACUCGAAGCUGUCCAAGUGCGCGAAGAAUCGCAAGAACGGCCUCGGCGACCUGUACGCGGGCGGCGUGAGCAAUCUGCUGCUGCGCAACGACGGCCGGCUGAUCGUGGGCUCGGGCAACGGCGCGGUCGAGCUCGUCGAGGUGCUGCCGGAGCCGGGCAAGAUCAACAAGAAGCUCAAGUCGCCGAGCACGCCGCAGCUCAGGACGAUCCUCGCGGAGAACGUGCGCAGCGGGGUCACGUCGCUGCUGCUCGUCAAGGAGACCGACAUCAUCGUUGGCACGCAGCUCAGCGAGAUCUAUCAGAUCAAGCUCAAGGAUUUCGACAUGCGGCUGCUCGUCACCUGUCACACGGCAACCAUCUACGACGUCGUCUUUCCGCACAACUACUCCGAGAUAUUCGCUACGGGCAGUAAGAACGACAUCAGACUCUGGAGAUUGGACACUCGCAGGGAGUUGCUGAGAAUCAGCGUGCCCAAUUUCGUUUGCACGAGUAUUUUCUUUUCUUACGACGGUCGAAUGCUGAUAUCGGCCUGGAACGACGGCAUCAUCCGAGCUUUCACACCUCAGAGCGGUCGGCUGAUUUUUGCCAUUCUCAAUGCUCAUUUUAAAGCCGUAUCUGCCAUCACCUUGUCCCGGGACAACAAGAGGAUAAUAAGCGGUGGCUGCGACGGCCAGGUGCGUAUUUGGGAAAUACUUCCGGAGAAACAGCGGCUCGUUUGCGUCCUCAAAGAGCACAGAGGAUCCGUCACCAGCCUACGCAUCAAUCAGGAGGGUAAUCAAGUCAUCAGCUCGAGUACGGACGGCACAUGCAUUGUCUGGGAUAUCAAUCGCUGCGUUCGUAAGCAGGUGCUCAUAGGCAACACCAUGUACAUGGCUGCAUGCUUCAGCCCCAACGGUGUGCAGAUCCUCACUUGCGGCACCGAUCGCAAAAUCACCUACUGGGAAACCCUCGAUGGCUCGAUGAUCCGCGAGUUGGAGGGUUCGGGUUCCGCCGCUCUGAACACCAUCGACGUCAGUCCGGACGGCGAAUAUUUCGUCACUGGUGGGAACGAUAGUGUGGUUAAGCUCUGGCACUAUCACAACGGCGAGAUCACCCACAUCGGCAUGGGACACGCGGCCAUCGUCACGGCGGCCAGAUUCAGUCCCGACGGUAGGCACAUAAUCACCGUCAGCGGCGAUGGGGCCAUCAUGAUCUGGAAAUGCCCGUUCCCGAUGAAGAAGCCACCCGAGCCAUCGUCCGCGCGCAGCCUUGCCUCCAGCAGAUCCACUUUAAAUUUGGAUCUUGGCAAUGAAAAUGUAGCGGAAUUGACACCUCGAUCGGAAGUGGCCGAGAGCGUUAAGGCUGUUUACGAAGGUAGAGUCAACAAUUAAGGUGAAUUUUUGCAGAUACAAAUGCGAAAGAUGAUUUUCUUUCAGGUAACAAAGAA